AUGUCCGAGAAACGUUCUUUGAUCGCUGUAAUUGGCGAUGAAGAUACCUGCACAGGCAUGUUGCUGGCAGGGGUGGGCCAGAUCUCACCCUCCAGCCAGGAAAAGAACUUCUUCAUGUACCAAGAGGGGAAGACUACCAGGGAAGAAAUUUUGAAGGCAUUCGAAGACUUCACGGAGGAAAGAGACGACAUUGCGAUCUUGCUCAUCAACCAGCAUGUGGCAGAGAAGAUCAGAGGCCAGGUGGACAGUUUCACGGCUGCUUUUCCUGCGGUUUUGGAGAUCCCAUCUAAGGAACAUCCAUACAACCCGGAGAAGGACUCUAUUUUGAAAAGAGUGCGCAGGCUCUUCGGCGAAUAA